CAAUUGCAUCUCACAGAUUUUUAAAAAAUAUUUAAUUACAACUACUACAACAGUCAAAACUAUAGAACAAUGCAGAGAAAACAGACAAUGCGCAGUAGAGAAACACAUUUUCACAACAAACUUCUACAAGAACACACGCUUGUUUUAAAUGGUUAGUAAUGUGUGUUGUGGAGAUGUGCAUUCAUGUUUACUUCAGAAGAAUUCAGUAUGACGCCUGCAGCAAUUAAGCUAUUUCUGAAACGUUUUAUAAACGGCUACAGUACGGGAUUGGCAGGGAAAGAGGUUUAUUGAGCCACAAAUAACACUGUAGAAUGAUUUAAACAAUCGUCGUGCAUGUGCACCCAUUCAAAAUAAUUCCAGUCAGCGAGGUGGAGACAAUAAAAACACACUGGUAUGUGUUAUAGUGAGAACGUCUGCAGAGACUGCAAUGAAAGUAAUUGUCAGCAGUCAGAAAGUAGCUCUGGGUGUACUAACAGAAAAAAAACACACAAAGCAACUGAUGAGUUGUUGUUGAUGUUCUAGCAGCAGAUUAAUUCCUGUGGCAUGUUUUGGGUUAUGACUCAAUUGUGUUGCUGUAGCCAUCAGAUUUAAUAUCAAAUAAUCGGCACUGGGCUAGUCUGCAUAAAUAUCGGCUUUAACUGUUUAGUUUGAAUAGAUUUAAUCGGUGAACCUGAUUUACCUGGAUUACUGGUCGGGAGGAGUAGGAUCCCAGGGAGUUAUCUUUUUUAACAAAUUAACUAGUGACACGGACUAUUAGACAGGCUGAAGAAGGUACAUUCUGGGGAAAAAACGUCAUCACCAACGACGUAGGAAAGGCAAGGUUGAGACAACGGCGGUAGUUUGUAACAUCAUGGAAAAAAUAUUUAAUUUAUGAAGUGUAAUAAACCAAAAAGACGCUUCUACAACACAGCGUCGGGGGGUUGGGUUGGGAUUAAAGUGAUGUCCAGUCACACUACUUCCACCGUGAUUGUCAAGAGCUAAAUAAAAGUCGCAAAUACUUUCUUAUUUCGCCCCAAGGUACAGCGGGUCGUUUGAACGUCCUGACCGGCUGAGUAGAAACGCCUGCAAGAGCGUGUGACUUUUUUUUUUUUUUUUUUUAACACGGUGCACAACAAAGCAGGGGAAAAUGUUCUUCCCCAGCCAGUGAAGUUAGUCACACCCUACUCCUUCUGCCCCCUCCUUGAGUCCCUGUCAGAGUGCCUGCCUGUCCGCCAUGUUGGUUUGUGUGGGUGUCACAGUCACAGAGACAGACUAGUGCAACGAGAGGCACACAAAAACAAAACACCGAGAAACACGCCGAAAACUCAAAAUAAACCACACAGCCGGCCAGUCUCUAUCUUUAACACCAAGAAGUGAAACCAUUUAUACCGCAGGAACGAGGAAUAAGUCCCCCCACAAAAUCCAAGCAAUGGUAAUGGUCGACCCUACUGUGUAGGAUCCCCCGGCUGGGUGGAAAUGGUUUUAACAGAAGACAGUCAGGAGAGCUUGGAAAUACAGACAUCAUCUAUUCGGCGACAGAUGAAAAAUGUUGUGAAAAAUUACUCGGAGGCGGAAAUCAGAGUGCGGGAGGCCACUUCCAAUGACCCCUGGGGGCCAUCCAGUUCGCUCAUGACUGCGAUCGCUGACCUCACGUACAACGUGGUGGCGUUCUCGGAGAUCAUGAGCAUGAUCUGGAAGCGACUCAACGACCAUGGCAAGAACUGGAGACAUGUGUACAAAGCUCUGACCCUUCUGGAUUACCUGAUCAAGACAGGCUCGGAGAGGGUGGCUCAGCAGUGCAAGGAGAACAUCUUUGCCAUCCAGACACUCAAGGACUUUCAGUACAUUGACCGCGAUGGCAAGGACCAGGGCAUCAAUGUGCGGGAGAAGUCCAAGCAGCUGGUGUCUCUGCUCAAAGAUGAUGAGCGGCUGAAAGGGGAGAGGUCUCAAGCACUGAAGACGAAGGAGCGCAUGGCUCAGGUGACCACUGCCGUUGGCAGUAACAACCAGCUCUCAUUUGGGCGUGGGUCUAGUCAGCCCAACCUCUCCACAAGCUACUCCGAACAGGAGUAUGGCAAGUCUGGAGGCUCGCCUGCUUCAUAUCAUGGCUCUACAUCGCCACAUGCAUCCUCGGAGCUGGAGCAGGCCCGGCCACAGACCAGCGGGGAGGAGGAGCUCCAGUUACAGCUGGCCUUGGCAAUGAGCAGAGAAGCAGCAGAACAGGAAGACCGUGUGCGUCGAGGGGAUGAUUUGAGGCUGCAGAUGGCUCUCGAGGAGAGUCGCAGAAACAGCCUGAAAACUCCCAAGAAGAAGAAAGAGCUGCCGUUGAUGAACCUGGUGGAUGCCUUGUCGGCGACCCCGGCCACCCCAAAGUCUGAGCCCUGGGGUGCUCCUGUUGCAGCAGAGAAGCCAGACCCCUGGGGAGGAGAAGUGGCAGUGGCUGCCCCUGACCCUUGGCAGUCCUAUGGUUCUAAAGCACCCUCUGCUGAUCCAUGGGGUGCAACAUCAAACACAGCAUCCCCUCUUAAAAGUGUUGAUCCUUGGGCUCAGAGCUCUGCACCCAAGUCUUCUGGAGAUCCCUGGGCUUCUGGGCCAGGAAGCAGAUCUACUGCUUCAUCUGCAGGCAACGCCAACUUUGAUCCUUUCAGCACACUAAAUGGAACCGCAAGGGAUGACUUUUCUGAAUUUGACAGCCUUCGGACUUCUUCCUUAAAGCAAAGUGAUUCUGGUGGAGGUGUUACACUGCCCUCAAGACCCAGAGGUUCCGUCAGUCCAGACUUGUUUGAUUCCCAGCAGAACAGUUAUGCUUCUUUUAACCAGAGCAGCACUGCUCGAAAAACCCCAGAGUCGUUCCUCGGUCCUAAUGCAGCUCUGGUCAACCUGGACUCACUCAUAUCCAAGCCACUGCAACAGGCACCUGUCUCUAACCCUUUCUUAGCUCCAGGAGGUAUUGCUCCAGCUCCAACUCCAGCCCCAGCUCCAAUCAACCCUUUCCAGAUAAACCAACCGCAGCCUCCGACAUUAAACCAGAUGCGAGCGAGCCCCAUGAUGGGCAUCAUUCCUCAAGGCUUCAGCACCAUGCCCUCUCUGAGCAUGGAGCCCAUGCCCAUCUCUGCCAUGGCACCGCCUGUCUCAAUGAGCAUGGUCCCAGUGCCGGGCAUGGCAGCCAUCGCACCAAUGGGCAGAAUGGUUCCUGGAGUAGGCAUGGAGAGAUCAGUGCCCCAGCCACUUCUCAGUACAGGGAUCCCUUCAGCCACUGCCCAGGCAACUAGUACGACUAACCCUUUCUUAUUGUGAAGAAGGUACUGUGAUGACCUUCAACAAACUCGUCAGUCCCCAUCAAAGACAAAAGCCUCUGUAAUUUACAAUUUAGUGGUCUGUUGUGUUAUGAGACUGGUUUUGUGGAGUGCUGUUUAAAAUUACAUACAUACAUACAUACAUACAUAUAUAUUAAUGUUUUGAUUUUCUGGCAGAAGAUCCUGUCGGCCCCUGGAGGUAGACACCCUGCAGUGAUUUAUCAUUUUUUUGGGGGGGACGUUCAUUCAGAAACUUGGUAAUUACUGUGUGUGUACGUGUGCUUUCCUAGUACCCUUAAAUGUAUAUCGACUCCACAAAAACCAGCAUAUUAUUCACUAAGGAACCCUCUAACACUUUGCUUUCAUUUCUUCAAAGGUUUAAAAGUAAGGAAUCCUGCUCCCUUUGUUUAAAGCAAGGCAUUCACUUAAUCUAAUUCCUUUUUAGAAAGUAUUUUUUUCUCAUCAUGUACUACAUAGUCUUGUCUUAAGUAGACACAUCAUCUUUGAUACUUAUGAUGUCUGUAUAUGUAAAAAUAAAUAUAAUCUGAGUUUUUAGCAUUUUAUUGUUCUAAGCAGUUUUCACACAUGUCGUUAAACUCUUUGUUCACCAUUAGUCCUUAGCUAAUGAAAAACAAACAAAGUGUGUGUAUCAAUACCAGGUAUAAAGUGUUUAGUGGCACAGUCUACACUGUUACUGUUAGGAUGUUAGAGUCAUAUUAGAGGUUCCAGGUUUUAAAGAUUUGGAAUGAAAGUAAAUGGUGGUUUAAGUAACUGUUAAAGCACAAUGUAGUGACGUUUAAAAAAAAAAGUUUUUAAAUAGUUAUAUUUGUUAAACCUGCCAUUGUUUUAGAAUAUACAAUCUGCAAAAUUAUGUUUAAUUGGGUAAACAUUAAGCUAAUCCAGAUUUGAUAGUAAAAUACAUACCAGUCUAUCUUGUACUCUGUUACACAAUAAUUUUUGUAUGUGGGACUCCAUACUGCAGUUUUAUAUAGACCUAAUUAGCCUUUUUAGAUUUUAUUAUUGCUUAGUUUUAUAGACCUUUCGUGUCAUGUCAUCAGAAUGAAAUAUGCUAAAAAUUCUUAAUAGAUGCUGUUAACGUAAUGUAUUCAUUUUUUAUAAAGGAACAAAGGGAAUUAGGAAACAAAUGUAUUUUAACACUAAAAAGGCCUAGUCUUUAUACCUGCCAAUUUUCUCAUGUUUUGUUAUAAUUGCAUCACAGACUGUAUUUAUAGCCAGGUUUCCCACACUAUUUAAUUGAUGGUUUUAAUUCUGUUGCUUUAAUCCUUUAUUUGCUGAUGCUAACAAUGACACACCUUAUUUGUUUCUAGUCUAAAAUGUACCUGCUCAAAGGUUAUAUGCUCUCCAGAUAUUGUUCAGAGAAAGACAUUGUUGUUAAGAAUAUAGUUUUGCUAUAGUCCAUCAUACAUCACCUAUUAUAAACGUAUACAUGAAACAUAUUCUGUCCAUUUACCUGACUGUUUACUAGCAACAAAGCAGAGGAUGCCAAAGUACGACUGGUUUGUGAUGUAAAUGGUGACAAUAAUGUAAAGUAGUGAUAGGCAUCAACAUCGAUAUUUUGAUAUGAUAUUGUUCAAUAUCGAUAAUAAUUUCCAUAUCGUGGAAUUUUAAAAUGUUUGCUUCAUCAAUAACUUUUUUGAUGAAACUUGUGAGCUUUUGGUGAAAUAAACAUGUUGUAUCUAACUACUAAGCUGAAGUUUUAACAAUAUCAAUUUGCUGAGCUGUAAUGGUUUUAUUUUUAAGUAGAACAGAUAAAUUUUUCAGCAUAGCGAAACGGAAAUAUCAGCCGCCACACACGCUCCACAAAGAGACGUACGGAAAGCUUGCAGAGACUUUUAUCGAUAAUAUAAUCAAGCUUAUUUUAUAUUGAGAUACAAUAAACCCUAUACAUGCCUAUCAAAUAAUCGAUGUCAAAUUUUCAUAUAUUUGCCCACCACUAGUAAAAAGUAGUGACCAAUCACAGCCUUAAAAAAAAAAAAAACCCAAAAAAACAAAACACAUAUGCAUUUCUAAUCGCGUUUAUAAAUUGUUUAGAAGGCUUUUUCUUGGGUAAAGCCCUUUCUUGGGUAUAGCUCAAAAACUGAUUUAAUCUGUCCUAACUUUUCGAACAGUGCAAAAAUCUUACUUACUGAUGAAGAUUAGUGUUGUGCCUUUGCAGGCAUUUCUUGACUAAUUUAGGUUUCAUGCUUUUAAACUAUCUGAAGUACAGAACAUUUGUAGAACUUGGGAGUUGCAUUGUGCUUUCUAAAUCUUACAGACCAUUACCCAGGGCUGAAAAAUUAACUUCAAUUGGAUAUUUUAUACAACUCCUCAUUCAGGCACUACUACCAAGGCACGUAAUUGCUUUUAGGACUAUGUAAAUGUUCAACAAAAACACACAACAAAUUUGAUCCACAGGGCAUGAUGUGUUGCUUUAACAAUCUUUGUGAACAGUCUUGUAAUGUUAUGAUUGUUUAGUUACUCUACUCUGGUAGAUACCUCUGUUGCAUUGGCUUACUUUUAGCAAUAGGACAAUUAUUUGAGCAUUUAAAUAAACAAUGCUUAAAAUUAAAUCAAAGGCAAAAAAAAGACAGUAUAUGCAAUGUAUUAACUAACUGAUGACUGUUUCUGUAGUUCGCUUUUCUGGCUAAUUUAAAAGUAAAAUAUUUGACUCUUUGAACAACAAACAAUCAAUGUGUGUCUUGGCACUGCUUUUAAAUUUUAUUUUACUACAUGUUUAGGUAACAUAAUUUAUUUAAAAAAGUAGGUGUAAGAUAAAUUGCAGAGGGUAAACUGAAUGGUCAUCACAGAUAAGAAUAUUCAUGACUGUUACCAUGAACAAAUAUUGAACUGAUAACCUCAAACUUAUAGUGUAAAUUAUGUUGAUUUUAAUUUUGGUGGCGGUAUUAUAAAUCAAAACUUUUGUCCAUUUGAGCUGAUGGCUCAACCGUGGACUGCAGUUUGUGCUACACAAAUGCUGUAGCAUGAAGACACAAAACCGAAGUGAUCUAAUGAAACUCUUAAAAGUUGUCGGUAGGUAAAUCGGCUGUGGGGAAAAAUGGCACAAAACUGACAGUGCUUUUUAAAUUCAAGUAUGGCACUGAUAUGUUACAAACCUUUUUUGUUUGUUUUUUUAACAGAAAAAUUAAAUGAAAUAAAGGUAAUUCAUGCUGAAUCAUGGUCAAAACAAUGAUUAGGCAGACUAGAAAACAUGUACCUAUCCAUUAGACCGCCAUUCCCUGUCUGUGUACAAGAAGUCCCUCAACUGGACAAAACAUGGUAGUGUUUAAAGAGAGGCUUAGCAAAUUCUAGCUGUAUUGCGAUGAAGAAUUUAUUGUACUUAACCGACAUUUACUCAGGCAUUUUUUUUAAAUUUUUUAUAAAGCUUUAAGCUGCAUAGUUUGGGAUUAGGGUACAUUUGGAUCUGAUAAGGAUUAAAAUAGUUAAAAUAUUAUAGACCCUGUAGCUUUGAACAAUUACAGAUAUAAUAUGAAUUCCUGAAAUAUGCAUACUUUGAUUUAAGUUACCAUUGUAAGGAUAAAUAUGUAUGAAGGGGAAAAAAAUAAGCAAACGUAGUAAUGCAAUGUUUUUAACUACAUACAAUAACUAGCUCAAUUUGUCAUUACUGUCUUUUUGCUGUAACCAUUUCUAAUGUUUCACGCAUACUGUUUCUAUGUACUAAUGCAAUUAUUGUGGAAGGUUAACAUUUUCAUAGCAAAUAUGCAUAGACAUUUAUUUUUUUCAUGUUGUGUCUGUAUAUUUACCAAACUGUUUAAUAUUACUGGGAGCAGGCUGCUUUUUAAUGGAUUUGUGCUCAACGUGUUGGCAUUAUUACUGUAUAAUAUAAUUUAUCAUUUGUACUAUUGUAACAUAUUGUUUUGUAUCUUAUUUCUGUGUAAUGGUUUUUGUAGGAAAGUCACAUUUAGAAUAUUUGAUUGUUUUAACAUCUAAACAACAGCAAAUAAAGGGCCUGUAGCUGCAAUGGUUAUAAAAAUAAAUUGCAUUGCUUAAACUUG